UAAUAUUACAUACCUCUACUGUCUACAUACCUUCUCUCCAUAUAUCUAUACACGCCACUUCAACCUCGCCUUGUAAUACUCGGCCCACCUCUUCAUUUCUCUCUACUUUUGUGGCAGCCUGGAAAGGUAUACGGGACAAGUCGCGCCCAACAAUACCGAGUCACCCACCCCCCCAGGUCCAUUUGCGCAGUCCUGGAAAGACCCAAUCGAUCUGUCCUUACGGAAUACUGAUCCCCAUAAAUUCCCGACUGGCUGCCAAUUACCUCGAGAUAAUCACAUCUUAUUUUUCCCAUCUUAAACUAACCUCUCCUCCUUCUCGUAACAGAUAUAGCGACAUCGCCUUAGGCCCACAACAGUAAUAGACACUUAACCGCAUCUUUCUUCGAGGUCGCAAUCAUGGGUCUCGCAUUCUCUAAGUUGUUCGACAAGCUCUGGGGGAAGAAGGAGAUGAGAAUUCUGAUGGUCGGUCUCGACGCUGCCGGAAAGACCACGAUUCUCUACAAGCUCAAGCUCGGUGAAAUCGUCACAACCAUCCCUACUAUUGGCUUCAACGUCGAGACGGUCGAGUACAAGAACAUCCAAUUCACCGUGUGGGAUGUUGGUGGACAGGACAAGAUUCGUCCUCUGUGGCGACAUUAUUUCCAGAACACCCAAGGUAUCAUCUUCGUCGUCGACAGCAACGACCGAGACCGUAUCGUCGAGGCUCGGGAAGAGUUGCAGCGCAUGUUGAACGAGGAUGAGCUCCGGGAUGCUAUUCUACUAGUCUUCGCCAACAAGCAGGAUCUGCCUAACGCCAUGAACGCCGCUGAGAUUACUGACAAGCUCGGCCUUCACAGCCUGAGACAGCGCGCCUGGUACAUCCAAUCGACCUGCGCUACGUCCGGAGACGGUCUGUAUGAGGGUCUCGAAUGGCUGGCCACCACGCUCCGUAAGGCUGGACACCAGUAAAUGGGAAGGGGAGCACU